GCUCACAAAACGGGAACAUGGUCGACUUCUGCCUCAGCAUCGACCCCAAAUGGCCCAAAGGACGCAUGGCCACCACCCCCGCCCUGCAGGCUAUCGACGGCAUCAGCAGCCGUCUGCCGGGUUCUUCCAUCAACCACACCGAUUUCCGCGCGCUAAGUCAAAAGCCAAUCGCCGUUAGCAUCGAGACUAAGUGUCUCGGAGGCUCUGUCAAAACCGCCGAGGUCCAGCUGGCGCGACCCGUCCGAGCCCCUGCCGCCAUCGCCGCCCAGGCCUGA